CUGACAAACAUAUCGUCGAGAAUAUAAGUUGAGUAGAUUCAGAACAGAUGUCCGCCGGCGGCAGGGGAAUGCCUCUGCUCAGUGGGCCUCCACCCUCGUACGAUUUGAACGAGACGUCCUGUCGGAAGUGUAAUAAGGAGUUUAACAUGCUGUUUGCUCGAUCGAGGAAAUGCAACCACUGCGGGCAUUCAUAUUGUCAUUCGUGCACUGAUUACCAGGCCUUGAUGCCACGAUCUGGUACUGAAUCUGGAUACGACCCUAUGCCCGUCUGUGCAUUCUGCAUAGAAAAUCUGACUAUCACCGCUGGCGGCAGAUCCUACCUUCGUAGCCUUCCAAUGUCUCGUUUGAAGAAGUAUGCAAACGCAUACAAUAUAAAGACUCGCGGUGCUCUGGAGAAGGACGAGUUCAUCGAUGCACUCCUUGCGGCAAGACAACCGAAUGGCUGUUUACCACCUGCCAACGAGAAUUAUUAUCGUAAGCACUCGGUACCCGAUCGAUCGAAUGACCGUCCUCGAGGGUUCUUUUCUCGAGCCAUGGAUGCAGUAAGUGGUGAACGACCGGCCACCGCCCCUCCUCCUCAACAACAACCACGUCAACGUACGACGUCACAUCCCAGCACGUUUCCUCGCCCAGAUACCCGUCAGCAGCAACAACAACAGCAGCGUCCUCAAUACCACUAUCAACAACGGUCUCAACCUCAGACUCAGUGGCAACAUCCACCCUACGCUCAAUAUGCUCCUCCUCCGGGAUACCCACCAGGAUAUCAGCCUUAUCAGGGCGCUCAAGCACGACAGGGACGUCCAACUGCAUCGAAUUCAAGCAAUCUCAAUGUCCCCCAAACUCAACGACCACGUUCUGCGUCCGUUCCUCGCGAGCCACCAGAACCUUCUCGACCCACUACACCACCUGCUCCAGUUCCUUCCCUUGAUGAAUUGCUAGACAUGACAGAUAGAGAGAUGAAGGCUCUCUCCAUAGGCACGCUCAAAGCGAUCUUGUUUAGAAAUCACGUCAAUGCAAGGUUGGUUGUGGAGAAGAGCGAGCUUGUUUCGAAGGUGAAGGCUCUUGUUGAAGAGGAGAAGAAGGAACGGGCUGAGGCGGCGCGUAGAGCGGAGCAAGAAGAAAUAGAAACAAGGGAAAGGCUGCAGAGGCUUCGAGAGCAAGUGGCAGCUGCAGCUGCUUCGAAUCGACCGCAAUCAGCGCAAUCAGCGGCCCCGCCUAGCGAGGUCCCUCAAGGUGGUGAGGCUGAAGCUGAAGCUGAUGAAGGCGCAGCUGUGGCAGCCGGUGCGACAGAGGGCACUGAUGUGGAAGCUUCGAUUGAGGAUUCCACGUCUGUUGAACUGCCGAAACCACCUAAGACGCCUCCGACUUCAACAGCUUCUCCUGCUCCUCCUGGAAUAAUGACACCAAAGGCACAAGCUAUGGCUUCUCAUUUAGAACGGACCGGUUUAUGUGUAAUUUGUCAAGACGAGGAGGCGAACAUCGCCAUCGUCGAUUGCGGACAUCUGGCUAUGUGUCGUUCAUGCGCCGAUUUAAUCAUGUCUAGUACAAGGGAAUGUCCUCUAUGUCGGACGAGGAUCGUGACAGAGGCGCGGUUAUUGAGGAUCUUCAAGUCUUAAGAUUGCAUGCGGCUGUCGGACUCAUAUUUAUCAUGCUUAUAUCCUGCUUUGUGUGUACUAGUAUUAAUACUGGCUGUUCUGGAUGAUUUUCACAAGUGCGCGUUUGGCUGC